GCCAGCCCCGAAGAGAAAACGAUGGAUCUUCCUCGGCUCGGCCAGAUGGAAUUCAUCGUUUCUUUGGGCAUGGAUGCACGGGCUCGCGAUCAAUACGCACAAACAAUUUACAACUAUAAGGACGCAAUCGAAGGCUUUGCUGGCAUCCGCGACGAUGAAGAAUCCUCAGAAGACAAGUCUUCGGACGACGAAGUGCUGAGGUCAGGUCUCAACCCCGAGAAGUCCCCUACAUCCUGGCUUCCUCAGAUUAAGGAAAUGCUUUCUAGGGCAGAAAACGUUGUUAAUCACAACGACCUGGAUGAUGAUGGCACAAUGACCCAAGAACAUGUAUCGCCCGAGGAUGAGGCCAUAUGGGCAGUUCAAUGCAGCACGAAGUUCGAGUUUUUGAAAUAUCUACUUGAGAGAUUCCGUCCUCAUGAAGUACACCUUGCAAUUUUGGCGAAACCGGGAAGGCUACUGGAUAUUAUCGAGACAUUUUUAAAGGGACUUCAUAUUGUUUACACGAGGCCCGAUACAAUGUCACGCUCUGAUGCGACCGCUUCUGGCUACUUGCGAGUCGGACUUUUGGCUACGGGGGAGACUGGAGCCGCUGCUAUGGUCGGUAGCGCAGACCUCGUAAUCGCCUUUGACAGUUCCUUUAGCGUGCAUGACCAUCAAGUCCAAGGUUUGAGAUCUACGUUUUUCGAGAUGCACAAGCUUUCUCCGGUCAUACAUUUGACAGUCAUCAACUCUGUUGAGCACGUAAAGCGCUGUCUUCCGAGCAACGUGCAAGGUAUAGAACGACUUCAACUGGCUGUUCGGGCUAUUACGCAUCUCAGACACGAAGCCGGAGAACUUUCCUCGGAAUUUCCUCAUACCGAAGCUGCCGCUGAAAAGGUCUUUGAAUUUGUCGAUGGAGGAAGCAUUGAAAGUGAAUGGCAACUUCCUCCACUCACAGACGUUGUCAGCAUGGAACUGCUUGCCGAGUCUCAGAGCUCAAACUCUACUUCGAGAUCUGGCACAAGUUCUGAAAUCCGUCAAGGAGCUCAAAAGAGGCCUCUGACUACCGAGGACGAGCAUGAACCCACUUCAACCAAGAGAAUCCGACAUUCACCUGGUGCAGAAAAUAUUCUCUCCUCCGGCAUCGACGCGACUCAUGUCAGCGAGUCAAUUGUCGAACAGGCAGAGACCCCGGGCCAAGAUUCCAGCACUCGAAACGAAUCACAAAAAGAAGCCGAAUUACGCACCAUUAUCGAAACCGCGCAGAGCCGGCUCCAAGAACACAUCCUCGCGCUCGAGGAGCUGCAGACCCGCCACGAGGAGCAACGGGAAGAAAUCCACCGACUGCGCAAAGAACGCGAAGCAGUCCGCAUCGCAAUGGCACAGUCUGAACGCCGACGAGAAACGCAGCUAGGCGAAAUCUCCAAACUCAAGGACGAAAAAGCAUCCCUUCAAAAGGAACUCGACGACGCGCGCACCGCCCUUGCCAAUUCUACCGUUCCCGAAAUCGCAGAGCUCGAAACCGCCCGUGCCGAAGCACGACAUAAUCUCGAAGCCAAACUGCACUUUGAGCGCAAAGUAGACUCUGUCCAACGCGACUUUGAAUUCACCCGCACCCAGUACCAAAACGCCUCCAGCGCAGCCUUUGAAGCGUCUCAGGAAACCGCCUCCCUCCGCGACGAAAACGAAGCCCUCAAGCAAAAAGCCAGCGGCGAAGCCGUCAAGCUCAAGCAAAUGAAUGCCGAAAGGGCCAAUUCCCUACACCUCGAUCGCAUCAGCGAACUCGAAGCCACUCUGUUAGAGCGCGACGAGCUCAUCAAGAAGAAGGAUGAAGAUCUCACUCGCCUCAGAGGCAGAGGCGGCCUAACGACCCGCGCCACGUCCGUACCCAGGAGUCCGAGAAGUGUGAGCAGAGCGUCUAGUCCCAAUCCUGCGGGUAUAGGGAAUGGUGGGCUCGGGAUUAGUCGCGCGACGUAUCUCAGGAAUGCUUAGUCCUUUUUUUUUUCCUUUCCCUCUUCCAUUUCAGUUUUAUUUUUUUUUUUUUUUUUUUCUAUUUU